AGAGUUCAUAACAUGAGUUUGAUUCAACUCGAUAUUUUUACUCUCUCGCAGGGGUCAUUCUUAAGAUUGUGUGUUAUUGGAGUGUGUAAAUUUACGAGUCCGGUUGUGAGAGUCUUCUGUACACUUAAGAGGACGGAGUUUGCUAUUAGAACAGAAUACCGCGCAUGAUAUCCGAGACUAUACUUCCGCUGACGUCAUGCCACUUGAGCGCCUGACUGAGUAUGCGGUCAUCCGGGUUCGUUUGGUCCUCUACGUCGCUCUGAUCUUAUUCAGUGUCGUCAUCAUUAGUGGAAUCGAGAAAAUGAGAAGCGAUAGAGGUGUUUGUCCGUUGUACCUCGACGGGACAAUUGACAAUGCCGUUCGGAGUUAUUCACCACCUUGCAACUUCCCUUUUUACGAAGCCAUCUUUCAGCUGGCGUAUUCCGUUCUCAGGAUCGGGAUUUUGAUCAUACCGAUGUCGGGACGGACCUCUUAUGAGCUUUCCUUCCUCAGACGCUGGUGGGGUUUCGUCAUGGUCGAGGCCGUCAUGGCCUUUUUCAUCUUGAUUUGCGCAUGUGUCCUGUCAGCCGGCACUCACGACACUUGCUCAAAAGAAAGGCUGGAGUGUGAGAAAAACUGGUACGGAUCUUCACAACUAGCGCAGGCUGGAGCUUGGUUCAGUACUUAUAUCUUAUUCGCUUGUGGAGUUGUGAGCUUUCUCUUCCUCUACCGAGGUGGGAAACUGCCAUGCGUCAAACAGCCUCCCGCCAGCGAACCUCCAGCCAACAAUGUCAGUGACGCCGCGCCUUCUUACAUUGCGGAGUCAGGGGUGGUCUCCCUUGGCGUGUGGGAUCAUCCCCCUAGUAACCCGGUUCGGCCUCCUAGUUACGUGGAGCGUCCUCCUAGUUACCAGACUCCGCCUCCUAGUUACCUGGCUACCCCUGACUACCUAGAUUCCUCUAGUCACCCUGCUCUUCCGGGAACUGUGGAGGAUACAUAGAGAGAGAGAGAGAGAGAGAGAGAGAGAGAGAGAGAGAGAGAGAGAGAGAGAGA